GCUUUGGAUUUUGCUUACGAUAGACUAAUGUGUUUACCCGGUUCCAAGUUGAUUGUGUUUACUUUUUUGUUUAUUCUUUUUGAUUGUUAAUUAAUUUUCUUUAUUCUAAUUAGCAUUUAAAGGUCACCUGGUCACUAAGUAAUGGAAGAAGAACCUCUGAGAGGACAACGUCCAUUAAUACUUCGCCUUUUCACAGCAUUCGGACAGAGAUACCAAAGUCUACUUGAUGCCUGGACUCCUCAUACUACUGGUAGAUGGAUAUUUUCAGCUAUAUUAUUAAUUGUCUAUAUGGCGAGAGUCAUCAUUGGAGAGGGCUGGUAUAUUGUAACAUAUGCUCUCGGAAUCUAUUAUCUUAAUCUUCUAAUUGCCUUUUUGACGCCCAAAGUUGAUCCAGCUCAAGGAGAUGAUGAUUUAGAUGACGAGAUGAGCCUUCCCACUACCAGAGAUGAAGAGUUUAGACCUUUCAUCAGACGUUUGCCUGAAUUUAAGUUCUGGCAUUCAGCUACCAAAGCUACACUGAUCGCUAUGUUUUGUACAUUUUUCGAAGCUUUCAAUAUUCCUGUAUUUUGGCCUAUUCUAUUGGUAUACUUUUGUACACUUUUCGGUAUCACCAUGAAACGACAAAUUAAACAUAUGUAUAAAUAUAAAUAUCUACCAUGGACUCGAGGAAAGACAAGAUACCAAGGGAAACAAGAUACUGGGAAAGUUAUUCAGACCAAGUGAGGAACUAAACAGAACAGAUAAACAAAAGAAAACCUCCAAUGCAAUUACAUCUACGGGGAUUGCAAGUGGAUUAGUGGAUCAAGUUUGAUUUCCAUAAUUAACUUUGAUGAUUCUGGUCCAAGGACCUGUUUUCUUUUUUUAUUAUUUAACAAAACAAUCAAUUUAUUGGAAAGAAAAAUUUUGUAUCUUAAUUGGUUAAAGAUUAACUUAAUUACCGCACUACAGAAAAUGAUUUAAUGAGGAAAACAUUCAAAGCGGAAAGAAAAAAAAAGUUGGUAAUACAAAUCGAAAGAAAAACUAAUUGUCAAUCAAAGAAUCCGAGAGAGAGCAGCUAAUUAAACAAUCUAAAAGAUAUUAGCUGGUAAUUUGGAGAAUCUAAUUUAAUUGUAACAUUUUCCAUGUGCAAUUUUAAUCAAAGUUUCUAAUGAUUAACAACAAACUGUCCAAGAAGGAAAAAUUGAUUCAAUUUUCUUUCCUCUUGUUAUCAUCAGAAUAAGUGUAUUCUCAUAGUUAAUUUGAUUCCUCUAAAUUGAUUCAACGAAAAGAUAAUUGUUCUCAUGGUAAUUCAAUUACGAACAAAGAGAAAUGAGCUGAACAAUUAAUCGAUCAUCAAUUUUAAAAUUUCCAAUUCAAAAGUUCAACAAUUCCCAUCUUACAAUCUGUUUUAAUUAUGUUCUUUUCUUUCAACUAAUCUCAUUUAUAUUGUCACUUAUAUUAUUAUAUUUAAAUGAUUAUCAAUUUUGCAAUUUAAAAAAAAGAAACGUCAACAAUUUAAUAUUGACCAAAUCAGGGAAAUAAAUGAUUUAUCAAAGAUA